AUGGCCAGUUUCGGCACCUCUAUGCAACCUUGCUGCAGUAAAAAUAAUGCUACUAUUUUAUCAAGUUUCCAUAAUGAACAGGGAUAUGCUGAUUUAAAGUGUAUAAAGGGUAAAAGUGUUAGGGAGAGAUUCCAUGACCUCUUACCGCCUUCUCCUACAGUCGCCAUAAAAUAUGAACUGGAUAAUCGAAUUGAUGGUUUUAGGGAAGCAUGCUUGCAGCUGGUUGGCAAGGAUUCAGUUAAUCUCAAAGAACUUGGCACCGCUGCCAUGUUCAUUUUACUUGGAGAUAUGGGUGAACAGUUGGUGGAGUUGAUAAAUCGAGGCAUUUCUGUUAUAGACAUUUCUCGUCAUUGUUCUCUAAAGACAUUAAAGCCUAAAAUAUUAGGUAAAAUUGGUGGUUCAGGAGCUGAAAACGUUGAACUUGCUUGGGUGGAUGUAUGCAGAUGUCUUGGUGGCUUAUUAGCAUACCAUCCGUUUAAAACAGUCAAACGUGAUGAAUUCGAUGAUCUUUUUCGUCAGUGUCGUGUUGUUUAUCAGAAUGAAUAUUUUAUCACAAAACAUAUGACUAGUUCUCAUAAACAUCGAAAAACAGUCAAUAAAAGUGUUUCAAAUAAAAAGUCUCCAGUGCUACAUGCUCAAGGGCAGAGAAAUGGAAAUGUAGAUGAAAUUGAAAUUCCUAGUGAUAUUUUAGAAGAUGCAAUAACUGAUCCAUUCAGGCGACUUCUCCUUGGUCCCUUAAUUGAAAAGAAUAAGCAAAAUAUAAACCAACCUGGACCAUCUUCCUCACUACAUACUACUAAUCUUUCUGCAUUGACACAAAAGUUGUCAUGUAAAGCUAAACAGCUGGAUAUAUCAGAAGAACAAUUUAUUCAAAUGAUUUUCGAUAUUUUAGCAUCUUCUAAAUCAAAUGAACAAGUCCAAGAAGAAUUAUUCGAGUUGAUUGGAUUAGACUGUAUUGAUAUCAUUUUCGAUUUGGUAAAUCAACGUAGUGAAUGGACAAAUGUCUACUUUUCAGUUGAAGGUCAAGACUCUUCUGAAGUUGACACAACUGACCAACCUGGAUCCAUUAAAAAUAUUAAAGAUCCUAGUAUUUCAAUAAUUGAACGGUUGUUAGCCGAUCCAAUCACUGCAUCGAAUACAUUACAGGCUAGAGUUGAAGAGAAUGCCCUAAGAACAAUGGAACGUUUACGCAAAGCAUUAGAUACACGUGGAUCUACCUCACAGUCAAGUAAUCUACCCUAUGUUUAUGAUGCAUCAGCUGAACUACGAAAAACUGUCAAUAUUACAGAUACUUCUAAGCUUUUAUUACCAGAGAAUGUGAAAUAUCAACAAUUGGCAAUAUGUGAUCAAGUUGACUUUCCGUUAUCUCCUAAACCUCCAGAAGAUUUACUGAAUAUUCAACGUGUAAAAAUUAGCUCCUUAGAUAAUAUUGGUCAAAUGGUAUUUCAAGGGAUUAAAGAACUGAAUUUAAUUCAAUCUGUUGUCUAUCCACUUGCUUAUCAUACAUCAGAAAAUCUUUUAGUAUCUGCUCCAACAGGUGCGGGAAAAACAAAUGUUGCAUUGCUUACAAUUGUCCAACUACUUCGUUCCCAUUUGAAAGGAGAUAAUAUAUUAGAUUUGAAAGCAUUCAAGAUUGUCUACUUAGCUCCAAUGAAAGCACUUGCAGCUGAAAUGGCGGACACCUUUUCAAAACGUCUCAGUCCUUUAGGAGUACGUGUCAGAGAGUGUACUGGUGAUGUACAGCUAAGUAAGCAGGAGAUACUUGAAACUCAGAUGCUUGUCAGUACACCAGAGAAAUGGGAUGUUAUUUCACGUAAAGGCACAGGUGAUGCUACUCUGGUAAAACUAGUAAAGUUAUUGAUCAUUGAUGAGGUUCAUUUAUUACAUGAAGAUCGAGGUGCUGUUAUCGAAGCUUUAGUUGCACGUACUCUACGUCAAGUGGAAAGUUCACAAACAAUGAUACGCUUAGUUGGUCUGUCAGCUACACUACCAAACUAUAUAGAUGUUGCUCGUUUUUUGUGUGUUAAUUUACAACGUGGUCUGUUCUACUUUGAUUCACGUUUUCGACCAGUCCCAUUGGGAAUGUCUUUUAUUGGUAUACGUGGUGCAAAUCGUAAAAUUCAAGAUAUAAAUAUGAGUACACUAUGCUAUGAGAAGGUUUUAGAACAAGUUAAAAAGAUGAACAGGUAA